UGCUAAGAACCUUGUUAUCAUCGCAAAUAGCCUCAUUAGAGGAUUAAUUGACUACAGUUCUAUCGUCUACGACGCUGCUAGCCUUUCCAGCCUCAAUAAGAUUGAAGUGAUCUACAAUAGCGCUCUUCGAUGGGCUCUCGGCCUCCCUCGUUGGACUCCUCUCCCUAUCCUCUACCAGGAAGCUAAUGAAAACCGUAUCAGCGACAGACGUGCUUCAAUGAUUAUUAAGUAUACCCUCCAUCAUUUCUCCCUUGAUUGGAUGUCUCCUAUUUCAAGCAAAACUAAAGAACAUAGUAUCGAUAACCGCUUCAAAAGAGACAAUCACCACAUCUUUCCCCGCCUCUUCGACUAUCUCAGAGACAACAAUAUUCACAAUAACAAAAUAAUAAAGAAAAGAUUUAAAGAAGACCUGAUCAACAUUAAUAAUUUUUACAUUAUCUCAGAUGGCCUCCCUUUCCAAGACAAGAAUAUCAACUCGACUAUAGCACGCUCAUACUUUUCUGAAUAUCAAACCAAUUUUCUUCAAGGUAAAAUCAUCCUCAGCACAGAUGGAUCAAAGAAUAAUAAUUUCACCAGUAUCGCUGCCAUCAACGUUUCUCAUAAUAUCAAUGCUGCGGCCAUCAUUGAUAAUAAUGCCUCUAUAUUUACAGCUGAAGCCCUAGCUAUAUCCCUUGCUAUCAUUGAAUUCGCCAAUAGCUAUGAAGAUUACGUUCUUUUUUCUGACAGCAAAUCCAAUCUAAGUGCCCUCUCUUCGUUCAAUCUGAAAUCCCAUUCAGCUAUUUUUUAUGCCAUCGAAGCAAUUGUUGAAGCCCUGCACAAAGUCAAAUCUAUUACCAUUAUUUGGGUCCCAAGCCACCUUGGAAUUCCGGUAAACGAAAAAGCAGAUCUCCUCGCCAGAAAUGGGCCCUUUUUAAGCCGCUCCACGUACGAUAUUGCCUCUGAAGACAUCAUUACCAUGAACAAAAAAGAACUAAAGUCAAAAAUCAACAGCGACUGGAUUAACAGCAAGUAUUUCAACCAUAAACCCUACCUUGGAUCCAUCAAAGAUUACAUCAACUGGACCCCUAACAGAAAACUUGGAGUUCUCCUAACUAGACUUCGAACUGGGACUCUCCCUGUCAACAAGACUCUCCAUCGUUUCAAGUGCAGCGUCUCCCCACUUUGUCCCCUGUGCAAUCAAAUCGAGACAAUUGACCAUUUCCUGCUUCAAUGUCCCUGUCUCUCUAGCCUGCGUCGUUCCCUUUUUACUCGCCUCAAUAUCUCGGAUCCCAAUGUUCCUCUCGCCCAUGUGAUCUCUCGUAUUUGUGCCAAUUGCUCUUCCAUCCGUGCUUUCUGCACUUUCCUCGCUUGUUCCAAUCGCUUUUGAGUCUUUUUAAAUUUUUUUUUUAUCUUAUUUUUUUUUUUUUUUUUCUCUCUCCCCUGCCCGUGCGUCUCCCGAGCUCUUCCUCCCCUUUUUUCCUGCCGUGGUACAAGCCUCCUCUCGUAGGACAGGCAAAAACCACUCAACUCUUUCAAUCAAUCAAUCAAUCAAUCAAAGCAGGUGAGUUUUACUGUUGCACAUUGUUCUUUGACAAUUCCAAGCGCAUUGCCUUCUUUUGAGUAAUGAGGAAGCGCUAUUUAUCCUCACUUGUCGAUUUUAGAUGUUCCUUUGAAUUUUUCCGAUUAGGUUCAUUACAUGUGAAAUGAACAAAUCAGCUGUGUCUGACAUGUCACAGAUUUCAAUGAAAAUUUUUGUUUAAGUAAAUCAUGCAUAUCUAUGAGGGAAUGCAAAGUAUGAACGUUUAAAAACUGUUUGUUGUUUUGUUAUUGAAAUUCGAAGUUGAUGCUUACGCUAAGCCUAAAUUUUCAGAGCUCAUAGGCAGCCAGUUUGUGACACAAUAACUCUAUAUAAUAUAGACUGGAGACGGCAUGGUGUCAAAUUUUUACAAGUCUGAUGCCACUACGUGAAUAACGCAUGUUCAGUACACCCUGAAACUAUCAUUUCACAAAAUGUCUGUUGAAAUUCAACGCAAGUAAAAUUUCACGAAUCUUUAUGCUUAAAAAUAUUUUUUUAAAAUACAUAUUCUCCGUAGUUUACGGUAACAAAAGGUGAUAACUGAUAGGUAUGUAAAAGUUUGGUAAUUUAAACCCAUAAUGUGAACAAAAAUGUUUUAUUGGGUAUUUUGAGCUCUUGAAAAAAUCUAGAGUUUGAAACGAUGUGAAAGUUAAAUGAAAAAUUAUAUCAAAGUUACUUUGUGUUUACGUGGUUGUCCAAGACUGCACUCAUUUAAACUUUUGAAGUAGUGGUUUCUCAGAAAAAUUAAUUUGCUCAUAGAUUUUUCAAAGACACCGGCUUAGUAUGAUUAUUUGAAAAAAACUAGUAUUUAUAUGGAGAAGGUUCAUAAAAGAGAUAGAAAAUAUGGCAAAGGGACCAUUGUAUUGCGCUAUAUCUUUUGAAUGACAUUAGUUUCAUUGGUGGCUGAAGAUUUACUAUUUGUUCCAACUUAUUGCACGACCUAUUUAUUGACUGACCAAAAGUGUUCAUGUUUGAAGCUCACAUUAUGUCCGAAUCUCAACCUUCCCCCACCCAACCCAACCCCACUCUUUUUAUCUGCAAGCAAAUGCAGAAUUUUUGAAAACUGCUCACUACAAAAAUAUAAAUAUAUGACUGACUUCGAGCUUUUAAUUAAUGAAAAAUCAGUAAAAUAUUGGAACAAGUUUCAAACUCUCAUCACUACUAAAAAAUUAAAAAUUUGUUUCAUAUUUGUUUAUGGCUACAAGUUAUUGAAACUAAAUUUUGUGCUUUUCUUCGAUCAAAACAAGGUCGUCGUUUAGCUUGAUUAAUAAAGCAUUGUGUACAGUAACCACACAUAGAGAAUUUGUCAUUUUAGUGAACCUUGCUUAAAGACCUAAAAACUUUUGCAGAAGCUAUUGCAUUUAUAACUUACACUGUGUUUUAACUUUUACAACAGCACUUCAAAUUUUUUUUCUGGAAACCCAAAGUUGUUAAUGAAAUUCUAGCUUCGUUGGUUAACAUUAUCUGAGCCAAAAAACGGGAUCGGGAAUACUAUAUCUUGUUGUUUAAAGGGAUUUAUCUUUUCAAAAAUCCAUAGCCCUAUUAUUUUCUCUAAAAUUAAGUUCAUAUUUUUCAGCAAUGUCAAAUCGUUUAAAAACCAGUGCUGCCAAAAAGCAGUACUUGUGUGAACAUUGUUCUACAGCGUGUUCUUCCCCUUGGCUAUUAAAAACACACAUGCGAUUACAUACUGGCGAAAAACCAUUUUCAUGCGAACACUGUUCUAAGACCUUCUGUACACCAUCGGAGGUGACCUCACACAUGAAGACCCAUACUGGCUCGAAAAAAUCAUAUUCAUGUGAAUAUUGCUCAAAGUCAUUUUCUUACAAUUCUAGCCUCAAGGUACAUAUCAAAAUUCACACUGGCGAAAAACCCUAUGUGUGUGAAUGUUGUUCUUUUGCAUUUUCUACGCUUGCGUACUUAAAGAAACACGUGAGGACCCAUACUGGAGAAAGACCUUUUUCGUGUGAUGGCUGCUCAAAAGCAUUUACCACCUCUCGGUCCCUGAGACUACAUAAGCAAGUUCAUACUGGCAUACAACCGUUUCCAUGCGAAUACUGUUCAAAAGCCUUUUUUAAUGCUCGCAGCCUGGCAACCCAUCUGAAAAUACAUACCAGUGGAAAAGCAUAUUCAUGCAAAUACUGCUCAAAGUCAUUUUCUGAGCGUAGGUUAUUAAAGAAUCAUUAUAGAGUCCACUCUGGUGAAAGACCCUAUGCGUGUGAACAUUGUCCGAAGAAAUUUUUAAAUUCCUCACACUUAAAGACGCAUACCAGAUUACAUACUGGAGAAAAACCAUUUUCAUGUGAGUUCUGUUCAAAAUCAUUUUCUGACCCUCAAGCCAUAAAGGCGCAUACUAGAAUCCAUACUGGAGAGAAACCUUACGUGUGUGAAUACUGUUCAAAGGCAUUUCCUCAACCUACGCACCUGAAACAGCACAUCAGGACCCACACCGGCGAAAAACCACAUUCAUGUGAAAUGUGCUCAAAGGCGUUUUGUGUGCAUUCAGCUCUGAACACACACAUGGCACUCAUCCACAGCAAGGAAAGACCGUACCCCUGUGAAUAUUGUUCAAAAGCGUUUCCAAUAAAAGGACAGUUAACUCAGCACAUGAAAAUCCACUCUGGCACCCACAGGUGUGAAAUUUGUUCAAAGACAUUUUCUUCCGGUUCUUAUUUAAAAAUUCAUAAUAGAGUUCAUACUCGAGAAAAACCGUUUUCGGGCGAAACUUGAUCAAAGACAUUUUCUUCCCCCUUUGUAUUUAAAGAUAUAUAAUAGACAUCAUACGGGAGAAAAAUCGUUUUCGUGAGAAUAGUGUUAAAAGGCAUUUUCUGUGAAAGCAAGCUUAAAGAUACAUAUUUCUGUACUAUUUCAUCAUACGAUCAUCUCUAAAAUCACAUUAUCAACUAUCCACUCUAAGGAUGAACCGUACUUUUGCUUAUAUAGUUCGCAGGCAUUUUCUGUUAAAGGAAAUGUAAAGAGUCAGAUGGAAAUCCACUUUAGUGGUAAAAGACCCGUUCAUAGAUGUGAAACUUGAACCAAAAUGUUUUUGUAAAAGACACCUCUAAGUAGACAUCUUAGAAGAUACUAUAAGGAAAGCUCCUUGGUAUGCGAAUAUUGUUUAAAGGCAUUUUCUACAAAUACAAAGUUAAAGAGACAUACGAAUUUCCAUUCUGGCAAAAAACUUUAUUCAUGCGAAUACUGCCCAAAAGCAUUUGCUCUAAAUGCGCUCUUAAAAUCUCACUUGAGAAUUUAUUCUGGCGAGAAACUUUUUUUAUGCCAAUUUUGUUCUAAAGCUUUUUUCUACAAAUACACGAAAACAAAACAAAUACAUUGAAGACGCAUAUGAGAAUCCAUAACCUUAUUCUAUUGUUUAAAGGUAUUUGCUAUUAUAUUGUUCAAAGGUAUUGGGGUAAGAAACCUAAUUCUAUUGUUCAAAGGUAUUGGGGUAAGAAACCUUAUUCUAUUGUUCAAAGGUAUUUGCUAUUAUAUUAUUCAAAUGUAUCGGGGUGAGAAACCUUAUUCUAUUGUUCAAAGGUAUUUGCUGUUAUAUUGUUCAAAGGUAUUGGGGUGAGAAACCUUAUUCUAUUGUUCAAAGGUGUUUGCUCAAAAUGAAAAUUUAAGGAAACACAUGAGAAUGUUUUCUGGCAAAAAUCGUUUUCAUGUGAGAAUAGUUCAGAGGAAUUUUCUUUAAAUGAAAAAAACGACACAUAUGAGAAGUCAUGUUGACAAUAAGCAUUUUUCAUGCAAAUGUUAUUUAAAAGCAUUUUCUGAAGCUUCAACUGUGGAAAAUUAUAUGGAAAUACAUAGUAAGGGAAAAACCAUACAACUAUGAACUUGAUUCCAAGGCAUUGAUUGAAAUUUUGAAUAUAAAUACUUAAAUGAGAAUUAGAGAUUCCAAUGUAUUUUUUUUCAUGUUCAAAAUUAUUUUUCAAUUUCUUGAUACUGUGACGAUGCAUGUGAAUAUAACUGGGAGCAAAAUCGUAUUAUCGUGAUUAUUGUUCUAAUAUUUUUCUUAAAGAGUAAUAAAAUUAUUUUCUAUUUCAG